AUGCCUCCACGUAUCUCCGUGCAGCCUUCUUGGAAGGCUCUUACAGGCACCUUGUACGGACAGACGCCGUUGGCCGCCGGUCUGCCACACGCGACCAAUGCCUCCCUACGAACAGCAUCCACAAAGGCCAAGGCCCAGCCUCAAAAGCGAUCCGACUUUUUCAUGAUUGCACAGGCGCGUCAGCGAAAGGCCGCCAACCUCUCUCGACAAAAAGUUCUCCAGACGGAGCGGGAGGCUUCGCUCGGCGACCCCGUUCAGAGCAAACCUACGCCGUUUAUCCAAGAGAUCGAAGCGAUCCAGAAUGGGUCACAGGUUCUGGCUGCAAGCUCAGGUCUCAACUAUUAUUUGAAGUCGGACGAACUCAGCAGCGCCUUGCAAUUCUCGAAGGACCUGACGGAACCGCUCCAGAACCCGGACCGUGACACUGCCGACCCUCAAUUGGAGAAGGAAGCCGCGGAAUUGCAUCAGAAAGAGCAUUCGAUUGCCAUGGAUGCAAUUCAGCGUAUCGUCAACCUCAGCAACGGCAACACAAAAGAUCGUCUGCGGCUGAACGUGCAGAGGUGUAUUGAGCAAUUUGGGCGACACAACACCGACUCUAUCCUCCCUCCAAAGCCAUCGAGUAUCCUACAGGGAUCCAUGUCCUCUCACCAAGAGAAAGUCCCCCGUAUCGGAGUGGAUACCGGCUCCCCCGAAGUGCAGGUCGCCAUCCUGACUGUCAAGAUCAUGAACUUGUCUCGGCAUCUACAAACCGCCAACAAGGACAAGCACAACAAACGCAAUCUCCAGGUUCUUGUCCACAAGCGACAGAAGCUUCUUCAGUAUGUUCGGCAGAAGGAGCGAGGUGGCCCCCGGUGGCAGAACUUGAUGGAGACCCUGGGGUUGUCUGAUGCUGCAUGGAAAGGCGAGAUUGCUCUUUAG